AUGCCUAAAAAAGAGUCAGAAAAUUCGUUGUUUAGUAGUCGUGAUCUCGAGCAUAACAAUUUGCCAAAACAUGAAACUAAUCCACAAGAAAUUCAUGAUAUUAACCCACAAAUACCUUAUCCAGAUGAUUCUUGGGUAGAUCAACCACCGGCUCAUUGGCACUCAUCAAUGCAACAUAUGAAUCAUGAUCAAUAUCCACCACCAAUGGUUCAUCAUCAACCAUAUGAUCAUCAAACAAUUCAUCCUACCCAUCCACAGCAUCCACCAAUGGCUCAUCAUCAACCAUAUGAUCAUCAAACAAUUCAUUCUACCCAUCCACAGCAUCCACCAAUGGCUCAUCAUCAACCAUAUGAUCAUCAAACAAUUCAUCCUACCCAUCCACAUCAUCCACCGAUGACUCAUCAUCACUCAUAUAAUCAUCAAAUCCAUCAUCCUGCUUAUCCACAAUAUCCACCAAUGACUCGUCAUCAACCAUAUAAUCAUCAAAUAAUUCACCCUGGUCAACCACAAUAUCCACCUAAUCCUGUAAUGCAGCCUACUCAAGUUUCGAAAAUGUAUCAUUAUCAAAACUCGUCUUCUCUCCCACCUGCUCCGUUAGGCCGUACUCCAUCUGAACCAGUUGCAGCUCCAUUGGCUCCAGGUCUUUUCAAUCAUUCUUCUGUUCCUAUUUCGCCUGGUCACAUUCAACAUCUUCCUCCUGGCGUACCGCCUCAAUAUGGUCAGCCUCCUUCACCAUUACCACGUCAUCAUUCGCGUCGUCCGCUUUCACCAUACUAUGAUGACAUUCCUCAUUUACCACCUAUUCGAAGAAGGCAUAGACCUCGAGAAUAUGAUGAUUAUGGUCGAUAUCGUCAUUCAGAACCUUUUCACAAGAGUUAUUUGGGUCAACGUUAUAACGAUCAUAGACAUCGAAAACAAAUGCGAUGGUAUGAUUGA